ACAUGCCUCGCAAGCUAAUAUUGUCCAGAAUUGACUCUGGCAUCCCGAAGCCCCGAGCGCAUCCUCCAGAACCUCAAAAUUUCAACAUUCUACGGCGACAAAAUUCUACCUAUACAACUAAAGAAAACAAAAGUAACAACGUAGUCCGGGCAAAAAGUGUGGAUCACAGCAUUCACUACACGUCGAACCAAGCUCCACAGCGACCAUGGUCCAGCAGUUCGAGUGUAGACCGUAAACCUCGAUCCAGCGCAACGGAACUACCGAAAUUUACCAACUUACGUCCUCUAGGAUUUCGUCCGUCAUAUUUGCACCGUGUCGAAACGAAUCAAACAAAUAAAUCCGUUCGUGCAGUACCCGCGAUAGAGUCCACCCCGAGAAUUGAGGAUGAAGAACCACCCUGUUUAGUCGCCAGUGAAGAUUUUUUGGCGGACGAAACGGGACAACUCAGUCGUCAAGACACUUUUGUUCAUGAGAAGUACCAUUUACGGGAAACCAUUUCGGUCGGGGUAGAAACUGUACCCACUGAUGUUCAGAGCACUGCACAGGAAGUAAUAACUAUGCUGCAAUCCAAGAUUGACUUGCUGACGGAGACAUCUAGUUACGAGAAAAGUAUAAUCGAAGAGCAGCGGUCACGAAUUCAACAGCUGGAAGAUUCAACCACCAAUUUUCAGCACGAAAUAGAGCUUCGGGAUCAGGAAAUUUCCGAUCUCAAUAAGAAAAUUGAAUGUUUACAGCUUGAGCAUAGGACAGUUGAAGAAAACGAUUUCGAUACGACUCUGGUUUGGACUCCGGAAGGGCCACCACAGAUGGAACCUUUGGAGCCUCGAUUUUAUAACAAAAAUGUCGAUCCAAUGGAAACCCGUCUAAAAUCUCAUCCCAUAGGCGAUCACUGUACGGAGUGUGAAAAUCUGAAAGCGGCUGUGGCGCGUUUAGAAUAUAACUUGGAAAAAUAUCGACUAGCUAGGACUAGACUCAAAAACAUGGUAACGCUGUUGAAUGCUGAGAAUCAUCAACUACGAGCCGCAAAAAAGAACUUUCAAGAACAACAGUUAUCAACAGUAGAGAAACUUGACGACGAACUCGCAGAUUUCUCUGGGAGUGAAAAGGGAAGUGUUUGCGGUGUUCAGUACCGGGAAAUGAUUCGAAACAAAAAACGGGAUCGCCAGAAGACUAUUAGUGUUAAACAGUACAAAAUUUGAAUAUGACUAUUAUAUCAUUGAACGUCCACUUUUUUUUCUUGUACGAACUUACUCACCGCGAUCAGAAUCGUUGAUCUAUUGUGAGUUAUGUCCGAGUGUCUACUGUAUUCCGCACUCCCCGUUUCAACAGUGUCC